AUGUAUAGGGUAGCUCACUGCCAGACGAACCACUGGUCUACAAAGAGCGGUCACACUCUGCUGCCCCGAGGAAUGGCAGCGAGCGAACUCAACAGCCGUGAAGAAUGUGAAAUCAAUGAGGAUGCUAAUCAGGGUCAUCUCCGACAGCUGACCUUCCUGAUGGGCGACCCUGACGCCGCCCAGCGACACUGCAGCCACCACCCACCCCGCUGUGGGGAGACCUCCCGCAAGCCUCCUCGAUCCCCACGCACCAACCGCCUGGAGAAUAUACUGCUGGCCUCAAACGACCUGGAGAACUUGCUGGGGGAUCCUGAGGAUGAGCCUUUUUUGCACUUUGGAACUAAUAUGUUUCUGCGCCGAGGGAGCUCUCGCGGGGACGGGACGGUGCCUUCAGGGACCAAUCGGAAAGGUUCAGUGGGUCGUGGGGAUGUCUUUGUGGUAGAUGAGGACACCGACUUGUUGGAUCCAACCUUCCAAAAUGGCGGACAAGUCAACCUUCAGUGGAAACCUUCCAGAAAUGGACUUAAGGGAAGCCAGAAGGGAAAGCCUGAAAUGAUAGAGGAGAACAUAACAACAGAUGAAAAGGUUGACUCCAGUGGGAGAACGUCAUCAUUGUUCCCAGGGAAACCAUCCAGUGACAUCAUUGACCUGGACAUCGGGGGUACCACGAAGAAGCCCUCUGUGGAUUUGCCUGUACCUAAGAUCCCUUCGGAUCCGAGAACUGGGACACCAACAAAGGCAGUAAUCGAGAAGGGGAGACCCAUCACCAAUGGUAGACAACCAGACAAGGAGCGCUCUGCCGUUGUGACUGUUGCAUCCAGAGAUGGAGACCUGGUCCUGGGCUCAGAUGGCAAAAUGUACCGGCUCCAGAGAGGACUACCAGGCCGAAUGGGUCCCCCAGGGCAGGAAGGCUGUACUGGUGAUCCUGGCCGGCCUGGGUUUAAAGGUGAUAAGGGUAAAUUGGGUUCUGAAGGGCGUUCAGGAAAAAGAGGGGAGUCGGGACCUCCUGGACCGCCAGGGUUUCCCACCUUCUACCUGUGGAAGAACACAGCCGAGGAAUUGGCUGCCUUUCAGCAAAGCAAUUUCUACCAGUUACUUCGUGCUGGUUGGCCUAGUAGAGAAGGCCCAGAAGGACCACCCGGAGAGAUGGGGAAGCCCGGCAUGCAGGGUCCACCUGGCGAACCUGGAGACCGUGGAAGACCCGGGAUGCCAGGAGAUAUGGGCGAGCGGGGUCUCAGGGGCCCUUCAGGAAAGGCCGGGACCCCAGGCAGAGACGGGGAAAAUGGGGUAGACGGUGAGCCGGGGCUACAUGGUGAUCAUGGACUACAGGGCACCUGGGGAUACAGGGGAGAACGAGGGUCCAAAGGGGAACAAGGUGAUGAGGGUCUCAUUGGGGUCAUUGGUCCAAGAGGAGAAAUUGGUGAUCCUGGUGAGAAGGGCUCACCUGGUUUAUCUGGCCCUCCUGGUCCUGUCGGACUACAAGGGCCUCAGGGGACCCGAGGUGGCUGCGGGCCAGAGGGGCCCUAUGGGCCUGAUGGGGAGAGUGGACUGGAUGGUCCUCCUGGUCUUGCAGGGCCGAGGGGUGCUCCGGGUAUGACAGGACGAGUCGGAGCGCAAGGAAUGAAUGGCUCCAGAGGCGACAUGGGACCUGCUGGCAGUUUUGGUCCCAACGGCCCACAGGGGCCUCUAGGUUUAGAGGGACAGAUGGGACCUCCAGGAAUCAGAGGACUCCAAGGACAUCCAGGACUGAUCGGGGCUUCUGGACCUAAAGGAGAACCUGGGCCUGUGGGGCCAAUGGGGGCCCGAGGGGAUCCCGGCUUUGAGGGGCCAUUGGUGAGUUGUACUUAA